AUGACGGGCGAGCUUGCCCCUUCGCCCGUUCUCGGCCUCGACUCGUCAAAAGUGCAAAUCGAGCAGACGUCCAACCCUCGCACCCGACCGCCUUCUGAGAGCCUCAUCUUCGGUCAGAGCUUCUCAGACCACAUGCUCGUCGUACCCUGGAGCUCACAGACUGGUUGGGACACUCCCAAGAUUCAGCCCUACGCUCCCCUCACGUUGGACCCUUCGAGUGUCAUCUUCCAUUAUGCGCCCAGUCUCUUCGAGGGGAUGAAGGCGUACAAGGAUAAGGACGGCAAGUGCCGGCUGUUCCGCCCGGACAUGAACAUGCGUCGCAUGAACACCUCUGCGGACCGCUUGGCCCUGCCCACCUUCGACGGCGGAGAGCUCACGCAGCUGAUUCGCAAGUUGGUCAGCAUCGACUCGACGUGGGUCCCCAACGAGCCUGGUCACUCCAUGUACAUUCGACCCACACUCAUUGGAACUCAGGCGGCGCUGGGCGUGAACCAGACGAGCGAUGCGCUCCUCUUCGUCAUCACCUCCCCCGUGGGACCCUACUACAAAACGGGUUUCAAGCCCGUAUCCCUUUCCGCCGACCCGUCGCAGGUCCGCGCAUGGCCAGGAGGAGUAGGUCAAUACAAGCUCGGAGCGAACUACGCCCCGGGCAUUAAGCCCCAGAUGCAAGCUGCGACCAAGGGGUACCAUCAGAACCUGUGGCUCUUCGGCGACGAGGCCUGGCUGACCGAGGUUGGAACGAUGAACCUCUUCGUCGUCGUCAAGGGACAGGACGGCGUGACCGAACUGGUGACCCCUCCGCUCAACGGCAUGAUCCUGCCCGGUGUCACCCGCGACUCCAUCUUGUCAUUGGCCCGCGGUCAUGCGAGCGGCUCGGCACCCAUUGCUGGUUUGCCGAAGCAGCUACGCGUUGUUGAGAGGGAGAUGAACAUGGCCGAGGUGAUGGCACACUCGGAUCGCGGAUCAUUGCUGGAGAUGUUUGGUGCAGGUACGGCUGCUGUUGUGAGCCCGGUAGAGAGGGUAGGGUACAAGGGGCGUGAUAUCAUGAUCCCUACGGGCGAGGGAGGCGCGGGCAAUGUGGCCAAGGCGAUGCUUGGUGAGAUUGAUGCGAUUCAGAGGGGAGAGAGAGCGUCGCAUCCUUGGUCGGUACUCGUUGAUUAG